AUGUGGGGUGGAGCGGAGGCGAGCAGCGCGGAUGGCGCGUUUGGCGCGUGCACGCCGGUCCCAGUCGCCGCUUUAAUGGAGACCGGCGUGACGAACGACCGCCAUCACGUUACUGACUGCACGGAGCUGUCACAUGGUGCGAUCAUGGGGUCGGACAAUGAUGGUGAUCAUCUGGCUGUGGUUCGUGGUAGUCCCGCCGUGUGGGCGCGGCAGAGAGAGUUAGACUGCAUUGAGAUGGUGAUGCUCGGCAGUCAGUCAGCAGCUGCACGAAUUCCAGCUGCGGUCACGGGUGCAGGAGCGCGGAGCACUGUUCUCGAGGCGCCAUGGGUGCAUGAGGCGGUGAGCAGAAGGUCGAGUGAAGUGAUAGUGCAGAAAGAAAGAGACGAUGAUGAAGUAUCGGCCGCACACUUCACCGUCGCCGACAAGGUGGCAGGCAGGGACGGGAACCGCUGGCCCACUCCACUUCCCGCCGACUCGGGGGACGCCGCAGCGACGGCAGAGCUGGAGGCUCUCGUUGAACGCUGCCAAUGGCGCCCGCAGCAACCGUUGCUGGAUCCGCCCUCCACCCGCGGGACGGGUGAGACAAGGGGGACCCGCAGCGAACCACGGCCGUAUGAUGCAGAGGCCGCAGGGCCUUAUGCAGAAGUGGCUUGCGCAGCAACUGGAAAGCGCUGCGCUGCUGCGAGCAAUGCUGGGGCGGCGGCGUUGGCCGAAUACUCUGCCAAUGCGGCUGCAGCCGGUACUACUACCGCCCCAUCUCCAAUGCGCGAGGCUUGCGCUGCGCCCCAGGCAGCUAUCGAUACGAUAUCAGCACACGGGCGGUUGCACCUUGACGCGCUGCAGUUGGAGGGAGAACACGAUCUGAUCGCCGGCCUGCCGCUUACUCCCUCGCAACAGCCAACCAUCCAUGCGCCCGUGGCAACAACGGCGGGUGGGAGAGACGCCACUUUAGACGCGAGUGGACGAGCUCCGCAAGUUAUGGGCGAGGCCUUUUUGGCGCGGUGGUACGACAAUCGUGGGCUGUGCACAUCCAUGGAGCAGUUGCCGGAGGACGGCGUGCUGAUUCCGCGGGGCACACGGCAUCUCAGGACUACCGCAACUAGUAAACCGCAUCUCACUGAUUCAGUAAGUCCGAGAAGCCUCCCCGCCAUGUUACUGUCCACUCGUGCUGGUGCGGCACGCGGUGAUUUCUCUGUCCCGAGGGGCGGCACGAAGAGCAACAGCAGCAGCAGCAGCAGCAGCAACAGCAGCUGCAGCAGCAACAGCACAAGCAUGCAGGACGGGGGGCGGUUUGGCAGCCUAAUUCGAGCCGCCCCUACAGCCGCCCCUACAGCCGCGCACGCUGCUCUUUCCAGUCUCAGCACGCACUUGAACUUUUCUCCUGGCCUGCAUGAUCCGAAGCACGUGAGUGCAAGGGUAGGGGCGGCUAGUUCAGUGAAUGCAGAUGAUGGCGGCGGUGGAGCAUGGGGUGACGGGCAGCCACACGCACUACACCAAGCACGCACACGUGUGGACGCCACGGCGGUUGCCAUCGCCAGCGAUCUCGCACAUGAUAGAUUCGUCUUAGCUCGUCCGCCAUCGCGUGCACAGAUUCCUGUGCCGCCGUGUGAUUUCCCAGUUCCCUACACCAGCUUCACCACAAUGCCUCCUAAGGACAUAUCCCAGCCUCCUACUGCCGUACUCACAGCUGCUGCACAUCCCACGACACCCGCCAACGCCCCUAUCUUCAUACCUCCUUCGCCCCGCUGUCCGCGCCCCUCCUCUGCUCCCCCCACUGCGUCCCUGGCUCACUGCCCGCCCUCUCCCUCAGGCACUGCAGGUGUGGGCAGUCCAACGGCCCGCUCCAGGCUGCGCUUCACUUCCCACUCCCUGCCACGCCCCAACUCCGGGGGAGGGGACUCGUCCCACGUGCACUCGCUCAGCUCCCCUCUGCAUGCAUCUGCACAGGCGUCUCUAAUCUCUCUGCCGCGCCCGUCCCUUGACCACCACGCCGUCCCUGCCCUCUCACCGCGCCUCCAUGCCCGCCCACACGCAACCCCACGCCACCUGCGCAUGCCCCUGCUGUCGUCCUUGCCGCACAGAUUGGCCGCGCCAUGGCAUCUUCCCGCCUCUGCUCCUGCUCCUCCGCCAGCUGCUGCUCCUCCUGCUGUUGCCGCUGAUGCUGCUCCGGCAAAAGAAAUUGAGGAGGAGUUGCAGGAGGCCACUGGACAGCAAUCUCCUCCCAUCAACCCUGCUCUUCCCCUCUCUCCCCUCUCAUCCCUCCCUGCUCUCCCUUAUGCCCACACAUCCCCGCGCACUGCCUCGCACCAGCACCUGGAUCGAGUGGGGUGGAGUCGCAGAGGGCGGCAGCAGCAGCAGCAGGCGUGGCGGCCUCUCCCCCCGGAGAACUUCAUACCCGCAAGUGACUUCAGCAGCCCCUUGCUUGGGAGCGGCAGUCCUGAAGCUGUGGCAGCUGUGGGUGGCCUUCCAGUCACAUGCUCGCCUGGGUCAUGGGAUGGUGCAGCUGGCCGUGUUGACAGCCACAUUCACGCCACAACUGCACGCAUGGGUGCCACGCUGCUCUCCACUGGCAAUGCGUCCCUGCUUGCCAAGAGGCGCAGAACGUCCCCUCAGCAAGCUGCACCGGCACCACCUGCAACCUCUCCACGCAUGUUUCCCCGCCCACAGGAGCAACUCAAUGCGCUGCCACUACCACCUGCUAUUGCUACAAAUCGCCUUGUCGAAUCACACCCCCGGCAUCAGCAGCAGCAAAACUCUAGCGUGCUUCACUCGAGUAUUCACACUGGUUCCCUGCCACGGCAUUCACCUGCUCAGCUGACUCCCUACCCCACUGCAUUCUCGGGAAGAGCAUUUCAUCGCUCCUGCAGUACACCUGUUUUCUCCACUGCCGGCUUUCCCUCUGCUGCACCACCAUCCCCAUCGCUUCAUCCCUCGCCUCUCUGUGGCACCACUGCAACAGCAGCAAGCCUCAGUGGCAGUGCUUCUGGCUCCGACGAGAAAUGUGCUGACCUCUGCGUGACUGCACCGCCCUUCCAGGGCUUGCUAGGUGCAGGAUCAAGAAGGGAGGUGCAGCAGACGGGGGACGUGUUUGUGCGCUCUGUAGAGUCAAGGGGGGCGCCGGCACAGCACAGGGCGAGGGUCGCUGUGGGAGGGCUGAGCAUGGAGAUGCGCAGAGGCGGGAGGGGUGGAGGCGGAGCAGUGGAGGACAUUGUGGCACAGCUGGAAGAGGAUGACAUGCGCACCCAGCUAUCCAUUGAAGAACAGCUGGUGCGGAUCCAGAAUGAGUCAAGCAACAACGAAGGAUCUACCAUGGUAGCUCUGGCCGUGCCUCAUUUGCAGGCACCCAUCUCCAUGACCAUAAACCCUGAAGCAGCAGGGGUGCGAACCUCAGCAGGCGCCCAAACAGAGAACACCUUUGGCAUUUUUUACCCUACUGGCAACACGGCAAAGUAG